AUGGCGGAUGCAUUGACCGAUUCACACAUGGACAACAGCAACACUGCGGCGGUACAAGCCACCAACGACGACGCUUCCGCCAGUAAAUUGUCAUGUGUGAAAAAGGGAUACAUGAAAGAUGAUUACAUUCAUUUAUUUGUGAGAAGGCCUGUAAGGAGAUCUCCAAUUAUUAAUCGUGGUUAUUUUUCUCGUUGGGCUGCCCUCCGGAAACUUCUCUACCAGUUUCUUGAUGUUGAGAAAAAGACUGAUGAAAAUGGCCCAACAAAGUUGCAGAUAUUAUCACUUGGAGCAGGCUUUGAUACAACAUAUUUUCAGUUGCAGGAUGAGGGGAAAGCACCACAUUUAUACGUGGAAGUGGAUUUUAAGGAGGUAACAAGUAAAAAGGCGGCACUUAUUGAGACUUGCAGUCAAUUGAAGAAUAAACUUGGUGAAACAGCUUCCAUUUCAAGAGAGAAAGGAGAAGUGGUCAGUGCUCAUUAUAAACUAGUCCCUGCGGAUUUGCGUGAUGUAAAACAAUUAAAUGAUAUUAUAACCAUUACUGAGAUGGAUCCUAGCCUGCCAACUUUUAUAAUUGCAGAAUGUGUUCUGAUUUACUUGGAUCCAGAUUCAAGUCAUGAAGUUGUUGGCUGGGCCUGUCGAACAUUUUCAACAGCAAUAUUUUUUCUUUAUGAGCAGAUUCAUCCCGAUGAUGCUUUUGGGCAGCAGAUGAUCCGAAAUUUGGAGUGUCGGGGUUGUCCUCUAUUGGGCAUUUAUGCUACGCCAACUUUACUUGCAAAGGAAAAAUUAUUUCUGGACCAAGGAUGGCAGAAAUCUGUUGCAUGGGACAUGCUUAGAGUUUAUAAUGAUUUUGUUGAUGCUCAAGAAAGACGCAGGAUUGAACGUCUGGAAUUGUUUGAUGAAUUUGAAGAGUGGUACAUGAUGCAGGAGCACUACUGUGUGGCUUAUGCAAUCAACGAUGCCAUGGGUCUUUUCGGGGAUUUUGGAUUUCUUAAUAACAACAAUGUGCUUCCUUCCUCAUGA